UUUUUUUGUCUUUGAACAGAAUAAAAGGUUCAUGAUUUUUUAUUUUGUCAAAAUUGACAUUAGACUUUUUUAAUCAUUCAUCUUUCAAGAAUAUUCUAAAAAAUCUUGCCUUUUAUUAGCGAAAUCGUAUAGUCCGAAUUUAAAUAUAACUUAAAUAACAUUUAAGAAAUAAUUGUGAUCCUGUGGAAGGGGUUGUUACAGGUAGUUGGCCUUCCUACUUUGCUGCAAAUCUGCCCCGGUUUCCCAGUCUGCCCAGUCGCCAAGCCACAGUCGUUGAUUGAACUUGUGUUUCUAUCUUUUUUACUACAUUCAGUGUUCUCUCUCUAGCAACAUGGCAGACAUCUCAAAGGAAGAUCUUCGUAAAGAAAUUGCCGCCAUCCUUAAGGAUGCCGAUCUUUCUUCAACUUCAGCUAAAAAGGUAAGACAAGAAUUGGAGGAAAAACUUGAUGCAAAUCUACAAUCUAGGAAGAAGGAAAUUGAUGACCUAGUCAUGGAGUUUGUAAGCUCUAAACAAGACAAAAAGAAGGGAAAAGGAAAGGGUGAUUCUGAGGAGGACGAAGAAGAGGAGGAAGAAGACGAGGAGGAAGAAGAGGAACCUUCUGAAGAUGAAAAGAAGAAGAAGCGUGCUUCAACUGGUAAAAAACCGGCAGCUAAAAAAGCCAAGAAAGGAUCAGACGACGAAUCUGCCAGCGAACAGAGCGAUGGUGAUUCUGAGGAAGAAUAUUCUCCAAAGAAAUCCAAGCCCAUCAAAACACGCAAGCUUCCCCCCAAGAAGAAGAAGGGGUCCGAAUCAGAUUCCGAUGAAGAUUGGGGCAAGAAAAAAGGAAAGAAAGGCGGUGGUGGCGGCGCUAAAAAAGGAGGUGGCGGUUACACGAAAGUAAUGACCCUCUCUCCUGAAUUGGCAGCAUUGGUAGGACAGGAUUCCAUGGCACGGCAUGAAGUUGUUAAAAAAGUAUGGGCUAUAAUUAAAGAAAAAGAUUUAUAUGACCCCAAGAAUAAACAGUAUGCCAUCUGUGACGAUGCAUUGAUGAAGGUUAUUGGAACGAAGCGUUUCCGUACAUUCGGCAUGAUGAAAUAUCUCAAAACCCAUUUUAUCAGCUAAGCAUUUUUUCGUGUGUGAUCGGCUAGCGUACACAGUAUAUUUUUUUCUCUCACACUCACCUUGAGUGACAAAAAAAUAGUAGUUUGAUGUUCGUGUUAAAUGCGCUAGCUGAUAAAAUCUUAAAUGUUAAUAGAAAAGAUUUUCAAAUAUUUUUAAUAAUAAGUCGAUCUAGGACUGACUUUAGUUUUAAGUUUCAUUAAUCCGCAUGUUUCUAUUAUAAAUAUGAAGUAUCAGAAUUUCUGUAUCUUGAGUUGUGUAAAGAUACGGUCUGACACAGAUACUUCAUUUUCAAUACCAGAAAAUAAUGUAUUCUAUAGUGUCUUUUUAUUUUUUGUAAACCACCACAGUAAACGUAGCUGUGUCUGACUGUCUUUAAUGUUCACCUGUAAAUGUUCUGUCAAGAAUUGUAUGAAGUAUGUGCAGAUUUUUAUUAAAGAUACCAAGUACAUAAUCGAGAUUAUUUUAAUUUGGGCAAAAACUGCAGAGAACGAGCAGAAAAUGAAUAUCGGCGUUGCCAGGUUAUACAGCUUGCCAACGUUACAACACGGUCGGGUCGUAUAAACCGGCAACUUGAGUGUCGUUUCCUGCUCGCUCUAAUGCUAUCUCCAUAGUUGUGGAAUUCUACAACCUUUGGGCAACAGCCCAUUAAAGAAACGAGAGUACGACUUCGUAACUCGUGUUUUUUUUAUCAUUCACUUCCUGAAUAUUUAAGAAUAGAGACAUAUAUAGUCAACCGUUUUUGGAAUAUUAUUUUUCUUUGCAAUGUUCUACAAUUUAUAUAAUUAAAAUAUUUAA